CCCGGCUGCGGCCCGGCCCGGCACCAUGCUGAACGUGACGCCGCCGGCCUUCCCCGCGCCCGGCUCCCAGCAGCGAGCGGCAGCGGGUGCCCGCAGCAAGGUACCUUUAAAACCAGGAAGGAGUCUUAUGGAUUGGAUUCGGCUGACUAAAAGCGGGAAGGACUUGACUGGUUUGAAAGGGAGGCUGAUUGAAGUGACUGAAGAUGAGCUCUCUAAACACAACAAAAAGGAGGACUGCUGGAUAUGUAUAAGAGGAUUUGUAUAUAAUGUGACUCCCUACAUGGAGUACCAUCCAGGUGGUGAGGAUGAACUAAUGAAAGCAGCAGGAACUGAUGGUACAGAUCUCUUUGAUCAGGUUCAUCGCUGGGUCAAUUAUGAAUCAAUGCUGAAGGAAUGUCUUGUUGGGAGAAUGGCUGUCAAGCCUAUUGCUGCUCCAAAAGUGCUUGCAGAGAUUUCUUCUACUGUGUCUGAAGACAAGAAACAGCUUAAUGGUGUGCUUCCUGAGAAGAAAGUACUGGCUUCUUCUUCUAAAGAUUUAAGUCCAAGUUAUGACUGGUUCCAAACAGAUAGUUUGAUCAAAAUUGUCAUAUAUACUAAGCAGAAGAACAUGAAUGCAGAGUUGGUGAUAGUUGACUGUCAAGACAAACAAUUACGGGGAGAGAUCAUCAUGGAUGACCACUCAUAUCUUGUAGAAGUUGAUUUGGAUCAUGCAGUUUCAGAAGAUGUGGCUGUAAAUAUUGCUGAAAAAAUAGGGAAAGUAGAGAUCAUCUUAAAUAAAAAGGAUAACAUCCAUUGGAAAAUGCUGGGACAGCCUCGGGAGGGUCAUAAUACAUUUAUCAAACGCACAGUCAGAGGACUGUUCUUCAGGAAAUGCAAGUUGGUUUCUAAGACAGAAGUUACCCAUGACACCAAACUCUUCUGCCUAAUGUUGCCUAAGGGCACACAUCUCUGUGUUCCCACAGGACAACAUGUUUACCUCAAACAAAUUAUUGCAGGGACAGAGGUAGUAAAACCAUACACACCUGUGUUGCCUUUUUUACCACUGGAUUUCCAAGAACCACCUCGCCAUGAUAGUGUGCAUAUAUAUUUAAUGAUUAAAAUUUAUUCCCAUGGACUGUUCACACAGGCACUUGACCACCUACAAAUUGGAGACUAUAUUUCUGUCAGCAAUCCUGAAGGCAACUUCAAGAAGUCUCAAGUUCAAACUUCAGAAGAUCUCCUCUUAUUAGCAGGAGGCACAGGUUUCACACCAAUGGUUAAGCUGCUGAAUUUUGCUCUAACUGAAGUUAGCUGUCUCAGGACAGUGAAGCUGAUCUUCUUCAACAAAACUGAGGAUGACAUACUCUGGAGAAGCCAACUAGAGCAAUUAGCUCUUAAAGAUGAAAGGUUUGAGGUUCAAUUCAUUCUUUCACAACCAUCAAAAGACUGGGUGGGUAAACAAGGGAAGAUUUCUUCAUGUCUUCUCUCUGAGUUUGUGAAAAGGAGCAGAAGAGACUCCAAAGUGCUUAUCUGCAUCUGUGGUCCAGCACCUUUUACAGAACAAGGAGUACAAUAUCUGAAGAAUCUUGGAUACUCCCAAGAAGAGAUACAUGCUUUUACUGCAUAAACCCAUAGGAGGAUAUCAAUGUUUGUUUGUAUAAUUCAGUGUUAUUUAUUUAUCUUCAUGAAUUUAAAUAAGUGAGAAACAAUUUUGUAAGACUUGAAAUUUCACUCUUGGUACCAAACUGUUUCUUGGAAGAAGCAUAUCUUUGAAAAAGGUUUUAUACUGUGUUUUAUCUUCUUUUUGUAAAUAUUUUUGCUAAUAUUUAAGUUAUCCAGGGUAUUAAUUUAUUGGUGAGGCAAGCAAAAAAGUAUAGUCUACAUUAUGUCAGUUAUUUCAUGUUGUUGGUUCAUGAGAAUUCUUGACUUUACAACAAGCUCUGAUUAAGGUUUUGACUUGAUAAUGCUUAUUAUUUCUUACUGUAAAAUGUCCAAAGAGCAAUACUGUCUGAAAUUAAAUAUUGCACUGUAACUCAGGUAAUUGGUCAUUCAAAAAUUUUCCUUUUCAUCUGAUGUCUCUAUUUGACUUGAAAGUGAUCCAGAUACAUUUUUGGUUUUGUAAACAAGGAAGAAUAAUACCUUUGGUAAAAUAUAAAAUCUACAUCAAAUUAAAAAAAAAUAAUUUUACAUUA